AUGGCUGUCACUUCAUCUUCCUUCGCUUUUCUUCUUUUCUCCAUCUUUCUCCUCCACUUCUUCAUUGCGACAGCCAUUGAAGGCCAGGAUGGGAGCUUGUUCACCGAUCCAGUAUCUCUACCACCACUGCCGUCUCCGCAAGACGGAAACCUCAUCCAAACCGAUCAGCAAUCCUUCUUCGCCAACAUCGCCAUCCUUCCGAAGAUCCUCUCGCAGCUCGGCUUCCACGAGCUGGCCAUGGCGGCGCCGUCUCUCUCCGACGCUUCCGCUACUGGCUGGUUCGGCCCUUCCACUCUCUUCGCUCCAUCCGACGACUCGAUCCUCUCCUGCGUCUCCUGCUCGGUCCAAGACCUCCUCCGCGAGCACCUCGUCCCUGGUCUCUUCACAGCGGAGUAUCUCCGGAAACUCGCGUUCGGCACCAAGAUCGAGACGCUGAGCCCCGGCCGGUGCAUCACUGUCACGUCCGACAGAUUCGGAAGCGGCGGCGACAACCAAACGGCGACAUCUUCCAAGGUUUUCAUCGGCGGCGUGGAGAUUACGCAACCGGAUCUGUUCAACAAUGGCCUCGUCGUCGUUCACGGACUCCAAGGCUUCAUCGCUCCUCUCUCGCCGUUCUCUUGCGACGUGGAAAGGAUGAACUCUCUCACCUUCCCGUUCAAUCCUGAUCUUCAUUUCCACCGCCACAGUUACCACCACCACCAUCACCAUCGCCAUCGCGGUCGUGAUGGUGAUCUGCCGCGGCUUGGUGAUUAUGCUAAUCCGUUUGCGACGGUGCAGCCUACUAUCAUGCGCCUGAUGCUCAGAGACGCCAUGCUUAGACUCCGCAGCAACGGAUUCAGCAUCCUCGCGCUCGCCUUGAAGGUCAAGUACGCCGAGCUCGUGAACCUGAAAAAUAUGACGGUGUUCGCGAUCGACGACGUCUCUAUCUUCUCCGGUUCGCACUCCUAUAUCAGUAACGUGAGGUUCCACAUCGUGCCGAACAUUCUUCUGUCCAUGGCGGAUCUUGAGAAACUCCCGGUCGGGACCAUUCUGCCGACGCUAGUGGAAGGUCAGGUGCUGGUCGUCACCACCGCCGGAGGUAUGAUCUUGUCGCCGUUGAGGAUCAACUACGUGAGGAUCAAAGUUCCUGAGCUGAUGCGGAAUCUGAAGAUAAUUGUGCACGGAUUGUUCCUGCCAUUCCCUCACAUUACUCCCGGCACCGGUGAGUACGAUGAGAUCCUCGGAGGUGGAGAAGGAAUAUCAGACGUGCAGCCGGAUCGGCAGGUGUCUGAUCGGACGGCGGAAGGAACUUGUUAUCCUGGUCUGUACAACGGAGAUGGAGGAACUUGUGUCCAUCGUGAGGUUGCCGCUAUGCCUCCGGCCAAACUGACGGAGGAGAUCGAAGAUCAUCACGGCCUGUGA